GACCGCACCAUAAAAAUACUGCAACGAACAUAAAGGAAACCAGGUGUAAAGCCUAAACUAGGAAACCGAAUAUACUUGCCUUUUUAAGAAAUUUUGUUUCCGUGGAAAACCAUUGGAUUAGUUGUGUUUGAGAGCAAGGGGACUCCACUGAAGAUGUGUUCGUUUUGCUAGAGAGAGUCUCUGUAACUUUUUUCAUUUUAGGUGAGUUCAGAGCGCUCCACCCCUUGUAUCACAUUACUGUUCCAAAACGGAAGAAAUUGCGGCAGACUCUUCGGCUUCUUGGGAAGGGAACAGCCUUAUGACAACUUUCUUUUGGGAACAGCACAAGAAAAUUACCAGCAAAGUUCUCUCUGAAGAGUCAUAAAGUAGACAGCUCAUGACUUCUGAUCAGGACACUAAAGUUGUGGCUGAACCGCAGGUGCAGCAAGUGCAAGAAGUAAAAGACAGUUCUCAUCUAGAACCAGCCAAGGUUUCAGAGUUAAACCCUAAUGCUAAAGUAUGGGGGAAUCAUAUGUUACACUUGGAAGCAAGUGGUACAACUGAUGGUAAUGUGAGCAAAGCCUGGGAAGAAAUAGCGGACCACCCUCCAGAUGCCUGCAAAGAAGGAUUGGAUGCCUGCAGUAAUGGCGACACAUCAUAUCCUAAUGCAGUGUUAGCAGACCUGCAAGAGCCAAUUUCAUUGUCAGACCAAACAGAUAUGAACACUUUGGUUCUGGACCAUUCAGAAUAUGAAUCUGUGCCUGAAAACCCCCAGACAGAAGAAAGUGAAGAAGUCCAGGAAGACCCCCGAGAAGUACUUAAAAAAACACUGGAAUUCUGCUUGUCUCGAGAGAAUCUUGCAAGUGACAUGUAUCUUAUAUCACAGAUGGAUAGUGAUCAGUAUGUGCCAAUAACAACAGUAGCUAAUCUCGACCAUAUCAAGAAACUCAGUACUGAUUUGGAUUUAAUUGUUGAAAUUCUUCGAUCAUUGCCUUUAGUCCAAGUGGAUGAGAAUGGAGAAAAAGUCAGGCCAAACCAGAAUCGCUGCAUUGUUAUAUUGCGUGAAAUACCUGAAUCUACUCCUGUAGAAGAAGUAGAAGCACUCUUCAUAGGAGAUAACCUGCCUAAGUUCGUCAAUUGUGAGUUUGCGUAUAAUGACAAUUGGUUUAUUACAUUUGAGUCAGAAGCUGAUGCGCAACAGGCUUACAAAUACCUGAGAGAAGAAGUGAAAAUUUUUCAAGGAAAACCAAUAAAGGCACGGAUAAAAGCAAAGGCUAUUGCUAUAAACACAUUUUUGCCAAAGAAUGGAUAUAGACCUCUGGACAUGAACCUCUACACACAACAGCGUUAUACAACAUCAUUUUACUUACCUCCAGUAUACAGUCCCCAGCAACAGUUUCCAUUGUACAGCUUAAUUACCCCUCAGACCUGGUCAGCUACGCAGAGUUAUCUUGAUCCAUCCUUGGUAACACCAUUUCCAAAUACUGGAUUUAUCAAUGGGUUUACAUCUCCCACCUUCAAACCUGCAGCAUCUCCCCUAACUUCACUCAGACAGUAUCCUCCUAGAAACAGGAAUCCUAGCAAAUCACAUCUGCGACAUACGCUACCUACUGCAGAUAGAAGACCUGGACUAUUAGAAAGUCCUACAAUAUUUAAUUUCUCUGCUGACCGCUUAAUAAAUGGGGUCCGGAGUCCACAAACAAGGCAACCAGGACAGAACAGAACACGGAUGCAAAACACUUCAACUUAUGCCAAGAGGGAUAUUGGAAUUGGACGAAUGGAGCAGAGUAAUCUUGAAGCCUCUUCAGUUUUAGGCAGAGGAAGGAAAAAUUCCUAUGGCUUUCGAAAAAAAAGAGAAGACAAGUUUACACGAAGUCAGACUCAGUCUCCAACACCACCAAAACCUCCAUCUCCUAGCUUUGAAUUAGGCUUGUCUAGUUUUCCACCUUUACCUGGAGCUGCAGGCAAUUUGAAGACAGAGGAUUUAUUUGAGAACAGGUUGUCUAGCAUGGUAAUGGGAACACCAAAAGAAAGACCCCUGAAUGUGGAUGCAAGUACAAACACUAUUCCUGCAGUAAUGCCUAGAGAGCCUUCAGUGUCAGGUUCUUCUGUUCUGUCAGCAGCCUGUGAACAGUCUCCCUCCCCGGUCCAGUUACCUGAAGAAUCCAAGACUGUGGAAAACAAGCAGAGGGAAACGCACAGUAUGGAACGGCUUCCUUGUGCCCUUGCUCCCACUGCGUGUAGAUCGGUGCAAAUCAAUGGAGCUCCUGCAGAAUUGAGAAAACCCAGUUAUGCAGAAAUUUGCCAGAGAACAACUAAAGAGCUGCUGCCUCCUCUUCCUCCUUUACAAGCUCAGAAAGAACAGAAGCCAAACUCUGCUGGCUGUGGGAAAGAAGAGAAGAAGCCCACUGAGCCAUCAGUGGAGAGAUGCCGAGAACCCCCUCCUUCAAAAUCAAAUCCAGGACACCCCAAAGACCAGAGGAGACAGUCAGGCCGCAGAUCCCCACCGCCAGCCCCUGGGAAGCGUUUAAAUAAGGAACAGAGCACACCUCCCAGGUCUCCCCAGUGAAAAGAGUGUGUGUGUGUGUGUGUGUGUGUGUGUGUGUCUGUGUCUGUGUGUCUGUGUCUGUGUGUCUGUGUGUGUCUGUGGACUGUGGAAGAGUUCUGUUUACCAAGGUUCCCAUUUGGAAUACGGAGCAUGAGUUGCUGGUUAGGAGCUUGCAGUGGUACAUGAGGCAUGUGAAAUGCCUUCCAGUUACUUUUCUUCUAUGAAAAAUUAUUUUCCCCUCUUGAAAAACAGUCUAUUUUUUCAGGAUUUAAUUGAUCUAAACCUUAUGUUUAGGUUGGUGCUUAACUGGAGGUGAUGCAUAAAGUCUGAUUUUUUUUCAGGAUAGAAAAUGCAUUUAUCUUAACAAAUUGAUAUUUUUUAUUAAGCCUCCAUGUGGCUAUGAAUGCAAGCUAUAUAUAUGUAUAGUGAGUUUUUCUAAAUUAAGCAGAACUCUACUGCUUCAUUUUUUUAAAAAUAACUGGUCUGGAAGUACAUACCUUAAAAUGACUAAAUAGACUGAUGAUGGCUGGUGACAGCUAGUAUUGUGAGUGCAGGAAGAGCAGAUAAAUUUUACAAAAUGCUGGCACGUGUAACUGGGAGGAAAUUUUUUGUUAGGUUAUUGUGACUCAUUUGGGCAUAGGAACUUGCACUUUUGGGUUAACUAAGUGGUUGGUUCUGGCAUUUAAAAAUUUUAAUUAGUAUUUGAUCUUCAGUGCAAAUGAAUGAUAAACAUCUGUGGAGAGCACCGUAGAGAGUGUGUUUGAGUUUUGAUUUACUGCAAGCAAAUAACCAGCUUCUCACUCCAUAUUAAAGUAGAUUAGAGUACAUUUAACAAAUUCAAAGCACAUUGUGAAUGGAAGGAAAAACAAUUCCAUAAACUUUCAUUGUGGAGAGGUGCCCAUAGAUAUAUGUUACUACGAGGUAGCACUGUCAUGUUUUUUUGAUAACCUGAAAGUUAGCAUUCUUGGCCUGACAAGGAAGCUGAUACAAGUCACCACUGUACCUUCUGGUUCCCCCUUGUCCUAUGCUCAUGCUUUGUGUAGAUUUCUUCCAACUGCCCCAAGUGCUCUUUGAAAGAGUCCAUGUAUUUAGUCAACUGAGGGUUGACUUCUUCCUGUACCUCCUAACAUUGGCAUAUAGAUGUAAAAUUUUUUUAAGUGUGAGAGAAUGGUGUUUGGGGAUUUUUUUUUUAAUGUGCUGGAGAAAAAUCCCUGCUUUUCCUCUGAAAUGAGGUUCCUCUUAUUGAUUCACUUCUAGAAGUGCUACACUUCUGAAGAACAAGGAUGCACUAAAUUAGCAAGUUUCUAAUAAAGUUAAAUAUAAAUUAUUUUUGUUUUAAAAUGCCUAAGGUUUUUCUUUAAGUGUUCUAAGCAGCAGGCAGUUAAAAUGAUACUAUUUCCUGCUAAAUGUAACCAUACAACUUAUUCCAUAAAUGUUUAUUUAAAAGGACUGAUUUUUUUUAAGAAAUUAUUUCCAUCCAAUAUUUAAAGACUUGAAUUUUAUUUAAACUUGAAAAUGACUUUGCCUUAACUUUUGUAUAAGACAGCGUAGCGUUAAUGAAGACUGGCCCACUGGGUUGGCAUGAGUGGAAUACAGGAUUACUCAGUUACCGUAUAUAUCUAGGGUCACUGGUUUUACUGAGUAAACUUACUGUAGAACAGGUAAUGGCAGUUUUUGUAAUAUACCUUAAAGAUCUUAAACAGUUGAACUUUUUCAGAUUGUUGAAAAAUGCUGUAAAUGCAAAUAGUCAAUACUGUAUUAAAUAUGUGCACUUGGAAGUGUGUGCUUUGCUUGUACAGUUGUAAAUAAUCAGAACAUAUAAAAAGGUACCCUAAAGAAAAAUCUGAUAAAAAUUAUUGAUAUAUUAUAAAUGUUGCUGUUGAGCUGGAUGUAGAUAAACUAAAUGUUGUGGUUUGAGUAUUACUUUAAUUCGUUGAUGUUUUGUUUUUAUUUGUUUUUUUUUCUUUUUCCUUUUCUUUUAUUCUGGUGUGCUGAACUGACUCUGCCUCUUCACUGCAAAAGGGAAAUGGGGGAAAAUUUUUUAUUUAAAAACCCUCAGAUGUUUUCAUACUCAUCUUUAAAAGUGUGCAUUUUAUUCAGUAUGAGUGUGUCUUGUAAUAUAAUGUAAAUAGACAAUUGGCAGUCUAGUCAAGUAUAAGAUAAAAAAGAUAAAUUUUACAAAGAUGGUCCAUUUAAAUAACAUUUGUGAAUAUGAAACUAAGCAUCAUUAAGAAUGCCUUCUCCCUCCCCCUGCCAAAAAGAAAUCAUACUCUAAUAUUUAUUUGAUCACUUCUAAUAGUAUUAAUACUCAAAAAGGUACCAAAAUAACAUUCAGACACUUAAAUGAGGAAUGUGUAGUUGAUUUCCUUUCAUUUUCAGAUAGCUGAGUAGAGAACCAAAAUUAAUUCGCUUCUUAAAUCCAAAUUAAAUUGGACUGCAAGAAAGAUUGUAAUGGCAAGCUAAGACCUGAUUACUUUUUAAUAUUGCACACUUUGUUGUGAGAGGAGAUGGAACAUGAACAACCACAGUCAUCACGAAGAUUAUCAAACCCAUUGAGUCACUGGAUUUUAAUAUUUAUUUCCCCACUCUGGACAGUGAACAUGGCAGUUAGAUUUGUAUGUGGUUAUAGCCCGCUGUAAUGAUUUACUUUGUUUGCCUGCUGAACAUGUAAAGCUCACCAACUGCAAACAAUUUAUUAAAAAGGUCACUUAACAGCAACAGUAUACAGCUAAUCAUUAUAGUGAACUGGUACAUUAUAAGGUAAUAUAUUGAGACCAGCAGGCUAUGUUGUGCUGUUUUAAUGUAUUCUGCUGCCAUUUGUACUAGGUCAAUACACUGUAAGUACUGCUUACCCAGCAAUAGUCUGUUGCAUCCAGAGUUUAAACCUUGCUGUGAUGUGGCUUUUAUAGCUUUCUUUUUAAUUAAGCAAAGGUGACAUGCCAAAUAGCUGUAUGAUAAUACAAAAAAAAAUCAUGCUGCAAUUACUUUUGAGACUUUCCACUCACUGGCAAAUUGAGGCUAUCAGAAUAGAAAGCUGUGAUGCUACAUGCAGACUUUUGUGAUGGGACAUAUAGCUAGUAACUGUGGCUUUCAUAAGUUCAUUUUUAAGCCCUCCUAGCAAGCAGUAUCUCUAGAAUCAGAGAUACAGCAAUUAAAAUUGGAAUUUUUAGCUUGUGAAAUUGUGUGAUAAAAACUUUUCAGAAAUAUAAAAAUAGUACAGAAUCUGGCCCAGUUUUCCCAUAAAUUAAUUUAGAGUGGUGUAGUUGUUUUUGAACUUAGUGCCAUGACACUUUAGAUCAGGCCUCUUGCCCCCAUGAUUUCAUCGUUAUUGGCCACUAGAAGUCACCUGAUACAGUGACGACAAACUUUUAUUUUAUUAUGUUAUCUUUUAACAUUUCAGCAGUUGUCAUGAAAAGGUCUUGUUUGAAUGUGAUUCAUUGUUUCCCUAGAGCACCAGCUGUCUAAUGGUGCAUAUCGCUUUGUAUCUCCUUUAGCUUGCUAUGGUGAAGGGUUUUAUGUGCUUUGUAACCUAUUACACAAAUAGCAGCAGACAAUCAAAGAUUUAAGGAGAGAGUUAACAGCUGCCAAUUUGGGAACUGGAAGUGGAAUAUGGAAGCUUCAUUGAGGGUUUUUGUUUUUUGUUCUACUUUUUCCAUUAAGACUGGAAUCAAGCUUACAUGUAAACUAUUGAUAAUUUAAGUUUCUUUUUGUGUCAACAAUGUAAAACUGUCUAAUUUGAAAAAUGUAGGUUAUGAAAAAUAAAGAUUUAGGCAUUGUUCAGUUUUUCUUUUGAUUUUUUUAAAUUAAAAUUUUCUUCAAGAAUUUUUUUUUAACUUUUUUUGUCUAUUCACAUUGAUGUCUACAUUAAUGGAAAAUAAGUUGCCUCCAGAUUGUUUGAAUUAUGGAAGUUUCUCUGACUUGUACAUAAUUCUAAUUAUUUAUAUGAACUGCCACAUAAGGUUUUUUCAGUCUGGCUAAAAUUGUUUAAGAUUGUUAAAUGAAAAAUAAAACUGAGCACUAAAAUCA